AUGGAGCUUCCAAACUACAGCCAGCAACUGCUUCGACAGCUGUAUGCUUUCUGCAAGGAACAGCAAUUCUGUGACUGUAGCAUCUUGGUUGGGGCAUCCCAUUUCCGAGCGCACAAGGUCGUGCUGGCAGCAGCCAGUCUCUUGUUGAGGUCGCUGCUGGAAAGCACAGAUACAAUUUCUAUUGAUGCAUCUGUGGUGGCCCCGGAUGACUUUGCCCUGCUGCUAGAGAUGAUCUAUACGGGCAGGCUGCCCCUUGGGAAGCACAACUUCACCAAGAUAAUCUCAGCGGCGGACAAUCUGCAGAUGUUUGACGUGGCUGUCAGUUGCAAAGCCCUCCUCAGGGACCUCCUGAGCUGCUCGGAUCAAGACCACGUGGGGAGGGACUUCUCCAUUCAGACAAUUGGCACACCCAGUGAAAGCAGUGCCAUUUUGAACUCUUCCCAGGCCGCAGUGCUUGAUGCCAACGUUGCAGUAGACUCAUAUCACUCAGUAAGGGUUUCUUCUGGUUCUGCAGACUCUGUGAACCCUGUCAGGGUACAAGGACAGAACACGCAUUCAGCCUACACUCAUGAAGAAGCAGUGGACCAGGAGGCAACGCUUCCCAAUUCUUGCAGCCAGGAUUCUGAAAUUUGCCUGGGACAAUCUCCCGAUGGACAGGGCAUCUGCGAGGAAAGGGAGAGCACAGAGCCAUCAGAAGAAAGGGGCAUGGUUGAAGGUGCAGCCAGAUGGAAUCUGGAGGCCUUUGGGAAGAACCUCUUGAGACGCCACCGAGUCACUCUUGCCAGAUUCGCUGUCGGCCCCCAGCUGUUGCAGAAAGGGCUUGCUGCAGUGCAGCAUCUAGCGGCUGGAAACCGAGAGGUGAUGGAGAAGAUUGCGACAAGUGAAGCCGGGUCUGGGCUGCUCGCUGCCUUGGCCUCUGCGGCCCUGGAAGAACAGACUCUUUCAGCAGCAGCCCUUUGGCAGGUGUUGCUGGCGCUGCAAGAUCAGGAGCCAUCUCUGAAACGGUUCCUCAAGGAGGUGCAGAAGGAGGCUGAUGCCGACCUCUUCUUCCAAGCCGAACUCUUGGCGAAAGGCGAAGGAGGUGAGGUUGACAUCCUACAACGGCCGGUAGAAAAGGAGUCCCAGCUCGAAGCUGCGGGUGAAGAAGAAAAAGAGCAGAAGGCCGAGCCAACCGUGGGUGCAGCCCCAAAGAGGAGCUUUACCUGCAAGGCCUGCAGGAAGAGCUUCCGCUUCUACUGCCGCCUCCAGGUGCAUGAGAAACGCUGCCGCGUCGCCAGCCAAACGCAAGCCCCCCACAAGGACUGCAGCGAGGCGAGGGCUUCCAUGAAGGAGCUUGAGAAGUGCCCCCAGGAGACUCCAGGCUCUGCCUCCAGGAAGAAGAAAAAACGCCUCCCUGUGGCUUGCGACAUCUGCGGCCGGGAAUUUGCUCACGCCUCAGGGAUGCAGUACCACAAACUGACAGAACACUUUGAUGAGAAGCCCUUCUCCUGCGACGAGUGUGGAGCCAAAUUUGCCGCCAACUCCACACUGAAGAACCACCAGCGGCUGCACUCCGGGGACCGGCCCUUUGUCUGCAAGCACUGCCCAACCACCUUCUCGCAGGCUUCGGCCCUUGCCUACCAUACCAAAAAGAAGCACGCAGAGGGGAAGAUGUACGCCUGCCAGUACUGCGCCGCGGUCUUUGCGCAGUCCAUCGAGCUAUCCCGCCACGUGCGCACCCACACCGGAGACAAGCCCUACGUUUGCCGGGAGUGCGGGAAGGGCUUUCGCCAAGCAAACGGCCUCUCCAUCCAUCUGCGCACCUUCCACAACAUUGACGACCCCUACGACUGCAAGAAGUGCCAGAUGAGCUUCCCCACGCUGCAGGAACACCGCAAGCAUAUCCACACGGCCCACUCCAGGGAGUACCACCCGUGCCCAACGUGCGGGAAGGUCUUCAGCGCACCCUCCCUGCUGGAGCGCCACAUUGUCACCCAUGCUGGGGGGAAGCCCUUCAGCUGUGAGAUCUGCGACAAAGCUUAUCAGCAGCUGUCGGGGCUGUGGUACCACAAUCGGACCCAUCACCCAGAUAUCUUCGCAGCCCAGAACCACCGGUCUUCCAAGUUCUCCUCAUUACAGUGCAGCUCUUGUGAUAAAACUUUUCUCAGUACCGCAGCCUACAGAAAACAAGCCAAGGAAGAACAUGCAGAGACCACUGCCCACGAGUGUGAGCAGUGCGGCGGGUUCUUCCUCACCCUGGCCUCGCUGCAAGUUCACACGAAGCGCCAACACUCGGGGUCCCAGCCCUUCCUCUGCCCGCACUGCUCGGCUUCCUUCCACCUCCAGGAGGCACUCCAGCACCACGUGGCCGCAGAACACGCCACCCAGGCAGAACCAUCCCUCGGCUGCGGGCUGUGCGGAGAGCUCUUUACUGGGCAGGAGCAGCUGGAGGAGCACUGCGAGGCCGAGCACCCCAAAGUGGUGUUUACAGGUUCACAAGUCCCCGCAGCCCACAUAGUGCAAGUGAUUCAGGCGCCGGAGCAGGUGAUUGCACUCACCGAGUCGGAGCUCGCCAGCUCCCACGUGUUUCUGACACUGCCGGAUGCCCAAGGGUACCAAGGUGGAACAGAGCUGGUGACGGUGACCAUGGAAGACUUGCUGGAUGAGAAAGUCACUCUGAUUUGCAAAGAGGUUGAGUGAGGGAGGGCCCGAAAACCCAUCUGAAAA